AGCGUGGCAUCAUUGUACUUUUGCCAUCGAAACCGAAAGAACGAAAAAAAUCGUCUGCCGUGAAACGAACUUUCUUCUUCUCUCUGAUUUAUCUAGUACUUUUCACUGAAAAAGGAUUCGAAGAAUAGCCGAAAAAUUUUGAUAAACUUUACAAGAAGAUAUUUUUGAUUCUUCAGAAGAUUUGUAUGUAACUGUCUCCUCUUUAUAUUCAAGUAAUAAUAUAUAAUAAGAAUCCAUACAAUAGCAAAACGUUACUGAAAAAAAAAAAUACAGAAAGAAAAAUAGAUAAAAGUCAGCUGCACUUGCGAUAUCGUUUGAUUCUAUUUUAAAAUUUUAACUCCGCUAUUUAGAGGAAGUAUCAAUCAUUAAAAAAUAUUCGUUUGAAUGAUAUCUGGAGUUAUCGCUGAGGCGUUCCAUCAGUAACAAGUCAGAAAAAUUGAUAAAAAAUACUUUUAAAUUUAAAUCUGCAAAAGAAUAGGAAGGAAAUUAAAAUGUAUUUAGAAAACUUAACAAUGAUUUCGAAAAUAGAUGAUUUAAUAUCAUUUUUUAAAGCUCAUCAAUAUGAAAUUUCGCUAGGAAUAUUUGGUUUUUUGUUGGCGUUUGUGAUUGUUAAGUUGAUUAAGAGAUUGAACCGUAAAUAUCCACCUGGACCCAUGGGAUUACCGAUUGUUGGAUACUACCCUUUCAUGUCUGAAGAUAUGUUCCCGGAUUUAACUGAACUUGGAGAAAAAUACGGUGAUGUGUUCAGUUUGAAAUUAGGAUCGCAAAACAUUGUUGUGCUGCAUGGAGCUGAAGUUAUAAAAGAAGCAUAUAAUAAAACAGAGUUCCUGGGUCGGCCACCUGAUAGUGCACUAGCUAUACUAAAUCCUAAAAGUGCAUUUUUUGGAGGAAAUUUUCAUGCUUGGAAAGAACAACGUAGAUUCGUGGUGCAAUCAAUGAAGGACCUUGGUCUAGGAAAAACAAAAAUCGAAGAAGAUAUAAUGGAUGAAAUUAACCAUUUUAUAGCGGUAUUAAGAAGUCAUAACGGCGAGCCCCUGGAUGUGAAGCAACCCCUGUCGCCAAGCAUAUCCAAUAACAUCUGUGCUCUGAUAUUUGGGAAGAGAUACGAGUACGAUCAUCCCGAACGGCAAUUCCUGGACAAAAAUGUGGAACAGGAAUUCGAAGCCGCCAGUCAAACUUCUUUGGAUACAUUAUUCCCAUGGAUGCAGAAAAUCCCUGUUGCCAAAAAGUUGGUAUCUAAUCCACAUGUCGAAAAUGUGGUAAAGAAUUACACAUCGUUUUUUCAGAAGAAGAUAGAUGAACAUAAGAAAACUUUCGAUCCUUCAAAUAUACGAGAUUUUAUCGACCGAUACUUAGUAGAAAUAGACACACAAAAAGAUAAAAAUCCGGACAGCUCUUUCAGUGAGGAGAUGUUACGUAGCAAUGUCAUGGAUGUCUUCGACGCAGGCAGUGAAACUGUCCGCACUUCCAUUCACUGGUUUGUUUACUGCAUGGCUGCUUUUCCCGAUGUCCAAAAAAAAGUCCAGCAAGAGAUAAUGGACGUCUUGGGUACUGAAAAGCAGCCCGAGUACAUGGACAUCAAACGUAUGCCAUACAUUCAUGCCGUUAUCUUGGAACUUAUGAGAUGGAAGAGUAUAGUUCCAUUGGAUGUAGUGCAUUAUACUCUGGCGGACACCACAGUGGGUGGAUACGACAUACCAAAGGGAACAACCAUAAUCGCUAAUUUCUGGAACGUGCACCACGAUCCUAGAUACUGGGAUGAACCAGACAAAUUCAAGCCAGAACGAUUUUUGAGUCAAGAUGGAAAGUCGGUGGUGAAGUCAAGCAAUUUCAUGGCAUUUUCUUUAGGUAGAAGAGUCUGUCCUGGAGAAUCCAUGGCGAAUAUGGAAAUGUUUUUGUAUUUCACCUCAAUACUUCAAAAGUUUGAUAUAGUGUUUCCGGAAGGAACAAAGCCAACAUUCGAAGCCAAGCUUAAGCUCACUUACAGAUUGGAACCGUAUUUGGUGUGCUUUCUUCCUAAGAACUGAAGGAGUAUCUGCAUUAUAAUCAAGUCAUUGACUCUUCAAGCACAUACAAUGAAGCUCUGCAAGAAUAGUGCCUGAAUCAUUCAAAGUGAUGUUCAUUUUAUAAUGAAACAGAACCUUCAUUUUAUGAUUUUCAGUUUAAUCAUAUUUCAACAAUUUUUGUUUUAUAAGAAAUACUCAUAUGGAUCCUGGAAUAUUGUAUAAUGUUUUCCAAAGUAACUGUAUUAAACUGUUAUUGAUUAUAUUA